AUGGCAUAUGAUAUUUAUGAAGAUGUUGACGACACAACUGUUCCUGCAAGUGAAGUAAAGUCAGAGGAACCGAAAAGUGACGAAAAACCGAUAGAAGAAGAAAAACCAAAGUUUAGUUUCCAAACUAAACCAAGUCAACCUUCAUUAGCUGGUAUGGUUUGGCGUCAAAGACUUAUGGCAGCAGGCGGUUAUGUAAAGUAA